AAAAAAAAAGUAAGGCUAUAGCCUUAGGAGAUUUAUGGCUGGUGUUUUUUAUUGCUCCGAAAUAAGUCGUUAAACGAGCUGACUCCUAAUAACGACUCAUUCACUCUGAAUUGACUCACUAAAAAGAGUGUUGUUAUUCUCAUCGCUAAAAGGGAUGUCUAUUUAAUGAUAAAUAUCUCAUACUAGCCGCGAUAGUCAGCCUGCCCGCGGAAUGAAGUUCUCAGGGUUCAUGUGACAAACCGGCAAACAAAAAUAGAACCACCAUCCUACGAAUAUGCACCAUUGCUCGGUUCGGAUGUAACAUUAGUCGUGCUUUUGCUUCUAACCCGCUUCGGGUCGUUUACCACUGUUUACCCAAAAGGAAACCUUAGGAAACGACCGAAUUUUACUACUAAACCGAGUAAGUGGGUUAGAGUGGAGCGCGUGUUACAAUUGACAAAACAUCGCUACCAAUCGCGUUGGCGGGGUGUGGUUUUACCCUUAAAUUAGCACAAUUUUCCACCGAACGAACAACAAACCUCGUACGGUUCGAUGUGUCCAGGUAAGGCGCCUCUACUGAGCGUGCAAGACACAGGUUAUUAUGUAAAUUUGUCUUAAAUGUGAUACACACAGUGAGUCAUAUUUGAUGGAAAAGUUUCUUUUUCUUCCUGCUCGCGUACGCGAACACGCGUUCCGUGAAUGACUCUGUGUACUCACUCGGCAAGGAUGGUCUCGCGUACAGUUGUAUCCUGCGUAAACAUGUCCUCCUUCCCUUCUGGAUGGCCAUUUUUACGGCUGAACGGUCGAGGUGGUUUGGGGCUGGGAUGAAACUGAUACAUCAGCUACGGACGAUGAAAGUCACAGCCAUGUUCGACGUUAUGCUCGUGCCGUCAUUAUACCCUGAUUGCGGCCUAGUCAAGUGUAUCUAUUUCUACGCCAUAUCCUACGACUCCUCGCAAGCAAGAGGUGGAGUAGUUCAGCUUGUGUAGGUGAAUUAAUUAACAAAAGACACCCCCACCGAUAAUGUGUGACAGUUUAGCGCGGGGCUGAAAACAAACCCCGGUCGUCGUGCUAUCCUUAAAUCUUCUCAUCAGAUUAAGGUCAGGUCAGGCUUGCAAUGGCUUUAAGAUGUUACUUCAAUUUAGCCUAAAACAUUUGAAAAAAAAGCGCUUCAGAAAACUGCAGCACAAAUAGGGGUCAAGGGGUGAUAAUGUUUGGGAGUUUGUUUUGUGCCUACGACAUGCUGUUGCUACCCUUAUAUGUGUCUAAACGCGUGUAUGCGCUUUUGUGGCUUGACCACGCGUAUUACAUGAGCUUUAAUUAUUAUCAACGAAGGGUGUAAAAAACACGCGUAAAUAACGGUUAUAUAUGCCGAAUCAUGUGUGGAGUCCCCUUUUUAAAAUACUGGUUCCAGAUUCAACACUGUACGGCACCAGAAUAUAUGUUCCGCACUGUACCCACAACGAGAGUGUUGGUGCUAGAACGCUACAAAUAGUACGAAUUUAUUGUUAAAUAUUCGACAGUUUUGUUUUUUUGGGUAAAUUUACAAUGUAGCGAUUGUAAAAAUAUUUUAAAUUGAAAUAUUUAACGCAAUGAAAAGAUUUGGGGCGAAAUCGGGCGAAACUGGGCGAAAUUGUUGGCAUAAACUCUGAACGAAGCAAACGUCAAACGUGCCCGACACUUAACGAAAGGAAAUAUAGAAAAAUAAACAAAAACAACACGUUCCUGGCUGAGUUUUGUUGAUAGAAAAUAUGCUGUAAACAGAUAAAAAAGUGCUGACCGGAGGAGGCAAACGAUGCUGACCGUCGGAAGCUGCGUGUAGGAAUCUGAAUAUUUGUGCAUCCGAGAAUCUCUUGCAACGUGUGUGCGUGUUAGUGAGGCGCUUGUACUCGGUGUGUCAUCCAUACGUCUCCGCCAGUAUGUCGCUACGGAAUGGGGGUCACGUUCGCUGGGCAUUUGACCUCGCUGGCUGGCGACCUAGUUUGGCGGAUCUGCUGCUAGCGACGUCCUGCAUACAACCCGAGGAAAAGAACACCUUGCAGCGGUUCGUGUUUCGUGACGAUUUCAAUGCAUCCCUCAUCGGGCGUUUGAUGAUGCGUCGGUUCGUCCAGCUGGCCACGGAUCUGGCGUACGACGAGAUCAAGUUUGAGCGCGAUUCGAAAGGCAAACCGUUCCUAAAGAACGAGGGCGUGGCGGUGGAUUUCAACGUAUCGCAUCAGGGUCGGUACGCCGUACUGGCCGGUAUGGCAACCAGUGUGAAGUCGAACGUUACGUGCACUGGCGACACACCCAUCCCCAAGAUAGGGGUCGAUGUUAUGAAGAUCGAGUACGGUGGCGGCAAACCGUUGGACGAGUUUUUCCGCCUGAUGACGCGCAACUUUUCCGAUGACGAGUGGCGAUACAUACGCGGACGUACCGAUGAUAAUGCACAGCUGGAAGCGUUCAUGCGUAACUGGUGCCUGAAGGAGAGCUACGUGAAGAAUGUUGGUGUGGGCAUUACGGUCGAUCUGAGGAAGAUUAGCUUCCGGAUACAGUCAGAGGUGUUGGCGCGGGAUCGAGUCGUAUGUGAUACGACACUGCGCGUCAAUUCGGAACCGAUGGGUAAUUGGCGCUUCGAGGAGUCGCUGAUCGAUCGGGAUCAUUGUGUUGCGGUAUCGCUGGAAAAUGUCCCCACGCAGCAAGAUCUGAGCGGUAACUGUUUCGAACUGAUCGAUUUUAAAGCACUAGUCGAAGGUCACAGGCCGCUGCUGGCAAUUGAUGAGAAUUAUUGCGAGGGUAUUAUAAGCAAGGAGUAUAAGAAAUCAAAGUAGAAAAAAAUU